CCCGCAGCUGCCGUCGCCCGGGAGCCGCAGCUGUGCCGGGGGAGGAGGAGGAGCCGCCGCUGGACGGUGGCAGCCGGAGGAGGAGCCGCACAGCUGUCCCGGGUGCCGGCGAGAGGGCCGCGCUGCCGUCGCGGAGCCGCGCUGCGAUGACCCGCUGACCGCGGCCAUGCAGCGCUGACCGAGUCGCUCCAGCGCGCAGGGGACGGCCGGGCACCGGGCACCGGCGGCGGCACUUUACCUCCGGCUCUCUUGCCCAGCGGGGAGCGAAGCCGUUUACCAUGGACCCUGUGACCAAGUGGAGCCCCAAACAAGUGGUGGACUGGACUAGAGGGUUAGAUGACUGCCUGCAGCAGUAUGUCUCCAAGUUUGAACGGGAGAAGAUCAAUGGAGAGCAGCUGCUGCAGAUUUCCCAUCAGGAUCUGGAGGAGCUGGGGGUCACACGGAUCGGACACCAGGAGCUUGUGUUGGAGGCUGUCGAUCUUCUCUGUGCACUGAAUUAUGGCCUUGAAACUGACAACAUGAAGAACUUGGUUCUGAGACUGCGAGCUUCUUCCCACAAUUUACAGAAUUACAUAAGUAGCCGGCGGAAAAAUCCAGCUUAUGAUGGGAACACCUCCCACAAGCCCCCCAAUGAGUUCCUGACUUCCGUGGUGGAGCUCAUCGGCGCUGCCAAGGCCUUGCUCGCGUGGCUGGACCGGGCUCCAUUUACAGGGAUCACUGACUUCUCAGUAACGAAGAACAAAAUCAUUCAGCUUUGCUUGGACCUGACCACGACAGUCCAGAAGGAUUGUCUUAUAGCUGAAAUGGAGGAUAAAGUUUUAACUGUGGUCAAGGUUUUAAAUGGCAUCUGUGACAAAACAAUCCGAUCGACUACGGAUCCUGUUAUGAGCCAGUGUGCGUGCCUGGAGGAAGUUCACUUACCAAACAUCAAACCUGGGGAAGGCUUGUCUCCUGCGGACAAAUCCCAGAAGAUUCACGCCGGUGACGAAGUCAUUCAGGUUAACCGGCAAACCGUGGUGGGAUGGCAGCUAAAAAACCUGGUGAGGAAACUGAGAGAGAAUCCCACCGGCGUCGUGCUGCUGCUUAAGAAGCGUCCCACGGGCUCUUUCAACUUCACGCCUGCCCCCCUGAAGAACCUUCGGUGGAGGCCGCCUCUUGUGCAGACCUCGCCUCCGCCCACGACCAGCCAGUCCCCAGAAAGCACGAUGGACACCUUGCUGCGGAAGGAGAAGCCGGCCAUCCUGGACCUGUACAUCCCUCCCCCGCCGGCCGUGCCCUACUCGCCCCGGGAUGAGAAUGGGAGUUUUGUUUAUGGAGGAUUCAGUAAGUGUAAACAACCACUGCCUGGUCCUAAGGGUUCAGAGUCCCCGAAUUCCUUCUUGGACCAGGAGAGCCGGAGACGAAGGUUCACCAUCGCUGAUUCCGAUCAGUUGCCCGGGUAUUCAGUAGAAACCAAUAUUCUGCCCACAAAAAUGAGAGAGAAAACACCAUCUUAUGGGAAGCCCCGGCCCUUGUCCAUGCCUGCGGAUGGGAACUGGAUGGGCAUCGUGGACCCUUUCGCCAGACCGCGAGGUCACGGCAGGAAAGGGGAAGAUGCCCUUUGCCGCUAUUUCAGUAACGAGCGGAUUCCUCCCAUCAUCGAAGAGAGCUCCUCCGCCCCGUACCGGUUCUCCAGACCCACGACGGAGCGGCACCUGGUCCGCGGUGCCGACUACAUCCGAGGGAGCAGGUGCUACAUCAACUCAGAUCUCCACAGCAGCGCCACCAUUCCGUUCCAGGAGGAAGGGACCAAAAAGAAAGCUGUCUCCUCGGCCUCAAAGUCCUCGUCCACAGAACCGUCCCUGUUGGUCAGCUGGUUUACUCGCCUGAAACUGUUGACUCACUGAGAGCUGCCCUGCUCUGGGACCCCCGGCCCCUGCUCCCAAGUGCCUUGCGUCCGCAGCGGACACACUCUUCUGAUUUCAUCCACAGUAUUAUGGAAUGCGUUGGUUUUUUUUUUUUUUUUGGAAAGUUGUAUACUGCCCAUCUUGGAAGUUUGAAAUAAUGAGAUGGGAACACAUGCAGAGGAUCUUAGGGUGCUGGCUUGUCGGGGCGCAGGAGGGAAAUGGGUAGAGCCUUAUCCUCUUGCUUCCCCAGAGACAGAACAUGGAGACACGCUCUGUAAAUUGGACUCAUGGCCAGAAACGUUAUGGUCAUUGUGAGGAACUGGUGGCAUUGUUCUUUUUGGGGGAAGGGGGGACUAAAAUUGGAGGCUCUUGUCAUACAAAUAUGUUGGUUUGUGGUCCAACGUCUUUACCUGAAAAAGCCAGUGGAGGAGACAUCUUUGUUUUGAUUUUUAUGGCUAUAUGCCAUAUUUGUAAGUGUAGCAGCUUUGACUUUGAAAUAACAUGUGACAAGUAUCUGAUGCUCUUUCAGAGGAGAGGUUUAAGUGCAGAUCUGUUACACUUGAUUAAUUCCCUUCUUCAUAACAGUCUCAGUAUAGGUCAGUUAACACAGAAACACGUGAACAUGUUUUGAUAGAGCUUAUUACACACAAAGAGGUUUAUGGUUAUUCCUGAGGGGUGCCGUUGUUGUUGUUAUAUAUUAUUGUCUUUAAGGGAAAGAAGCAAUAAGAUUUGCUGACAGCCAAAGUAUCAUUCAGAAAAGUGAAGCAACGAGAUUUAGGUUUAUGAGAGAGACAUCAGUUUGCAUUUUGACCUGUUCAAUGUCUAUCUUCCAGAAAAGAAUGUACAAUUCUUUAAAAUUGUACAUAUUUUGCUAAUUAGAAAUAUCUUGGAAAGCCUUGUGGUCACUAAUUUUCAACUAACAUCAGGUAUUUUGAAAAAGUGUGUCUGGAUAUUAACUCUUGUUUAAACUGAAUGUAUGAUAUUUUGUUAGAAUGGAAAAGUACUAUCUUGUUAAUUUAAGUGUUUUAAAUAUAGUUGUAUAUUUUUCUUACUCUUAGUCACAUGUAAUUGAAAUAUUUCUGUUUUGCGUCAUACACAAAGCUGAUGAAAAAAAGCAUUCAGGGUGUUUUCAGAUUAGCACGCGACCACCAUGGCUGUUGUGAGCAGGGCACUGUUGUCACAAAACGAAACGAACCCUCCCAGGCAUUUUGGGUUUUCUUGGAUUAGAAAUGGAGGAGGAGGAGAAGUGUGUGUAAAGUACAGUUACAUGAGGGGAAUUUUUCAAGGUAUAUUCCUGGGCAGAGGCAGUAUCCUCUACUCCAAAACACUGUCUCUCACACGGCUGGAAUUGUUGACUACAGUUUGCCGAACUACCUGGAGUUCAACCCAUGAGAGAGUCACUGGUGUUAGGAAACGUCUUCCUUUAAAAUGCUUCUAGUGGGGUUAAAGGAGCUAGCAAACACUCCUCUGUUAGCAUGACUGAGUUCAGCCAGGCUGUUUUCCUGUCAGUCUAAGGGAACUGCAGCGAAGGUCUGGGUGUUUCAUGGGAGCUCUAAGGAUGUCUGGACAGAAGAAGCCUGGCGUGUGUGGUCCACCAGGUGCUUGGCGCGCGCUGUCAGGGUGGGGAGUGGGGGAGGAGGUCUAGCGUGGGGCACUGGUGAUGAGGGGAGCCAGCCCUGCCCAUCCUGCUAGGGGCUGGAGCUGGUGCUUUGCCUGGGAAGUCGGGUGGCAGCACUUCCUCUCGCCCCCAGGAAGUCUGGGAAGACCCUUGCGCUGUAGGUCUGCUGUGUAAUGAGUUCAAUGGCUGCGGAGGCCUUAGCUGGCAGGUUAGCCCCUUUUUGUGUGUGUGGAGAAAAUGCCACUUGUGAAUUGAAUAGCCAUCCUCAAAUGCAUCUUCAGAAGUCAGUCUUCCCUGUAGGCAGUGCCCAACCAGAUGGGCGCCCUUCAGCCUCUGUUCCCUGAGGCCUGAGGGGCGGCCAGAGAAGUUUCUGGGGUUCUCUACCUUCAGUCAGCCUCCUCAGCUUCAUUUUUAUUUUUAUUUGGGGUUUUUCUCCUGAAUUGGGUUUGAACGAUGUAUUGCUGAUAAUAAAAAAAAAAAAGAGUUUGUAAACCUUUCCUAUUGAAAUAUGUAAACGAUAGUUUGAUAUGGAUUUCUUAGAAAUUAAUAGAAACCGCCUUGCCUCAGCAGUAAUCCAGGUUAGAUGGUGGACGUGUGUUUACAUAUGAAGAUGCAGGAUGAUACUUUUUGACAUGAUACUUUAAAACAGUGUUUUCUUUUUUUAACUCUAUCAGACCCAACUCAACACCCACCCCUUUUUAUAGUAAAUAUUUUAUAACACCACUUUAUGUAAUCAAAUGGAAAUCAUGGAUGAUAAAACUUACCUUCACACAUAAAAGCAUCACCUCAUUUAGUAUUUUGAAAUGGAACUAAGAGGUAAUAUAUCUGGCCUCUAAACAUGCAUAUCAAUAUGAUGUCCUAACUGAAAUAUAAACAAAUAUAAAGAUUUUAUAAUGAAAUAAUUAUUUUAAUAUGUAAAUGCUCUGGCAUGAUUAUAUUAUAAGAUGUAAUGAGAUAAUGAAAUAAGGCACAUACUUUGUGUGUAUAAAUAUAAAUAUAUAAAAAAAUCACUGUGAACAUGGCAGUUAUCAAUGCAGACCAAUAUAGGCCUGCUACCUUGGCAAUUCAAUGCCAGGGAUGGGAUUGAUGUCAGAAAUAUGGUUUACUAGAAUGUGGUCCAUUCUUGACAAGGUUCUAGGCAAAACCGGAGUUUAUAAUGGUUUUGCUCAUGUAGUGCUUGCUGUGUGGCUGGCAUUGUUCUCAAUACUUUCCUAACAACUUCAUGAGAGAGUGGUAGUGUUCCCAUUUUACAUAUGAGCAAGUCAUCUGCUAGCUGCCCUAGCUGUCUACUAAUAAUGGCAGAGCUGCGAUGAAGCUUAAACAGCGCGUCUCUGGCAUCCUUGCUCAUAAUCACUUUGCUGUACAGGCUUCCUUCCAUUUAUAGAAUCCUCUAACUACAUUCCUGAUAAAUCCAAAGCAUAUUAAAACUGGGCUAAAAAUUCCCUGAGUGUUUAUAUGUAAAAUGAAAUUAUAGAUUCAUGAUUGUAAACGGGGUUUCCAUCUACACGAACAUUUGGUGGGGCGAUUCAAAGUUGCGCUGACAGGAGACAGCUCUUUGCAGUGAGGGGUCCAGUCUGCAGGAGCUGUAUAGCAUGGGUGCUCCCACAGAUAAAUGCAAGCGGUGGCCGCCUGUCAUUGGCACCUCCCAUGCUCUCCCAUUUCCAAAACUGCCUCUAGGGGGCGGUACCAUCCCCUUCAGGACAAGUGUUUUAAAGUGUUUCUCAGUCUAUUUAUUUGUUCAUUUUCUGACUCUAACUUCUCUCACAGUUCUUUCCCCACCAAACCUGAAGUUUUAGAAUCUGUUU